CCACAGUCUCCGCGGAGAGCGGCCAGGUUUCCUGCUUCAACAGUGCUUGGACGGAACCGGCGCUCCCCGCAGCCUCCGCCGCCGCCUCCUCGCAGCGCCCUCCUCCUCCUCGCAGCGCCUCAGACCCCCGGACCCGGACCCGGACGACCCCAGGCCCCCGCCGCCGCUCCAGCGCCGCGCCCCGCCGCUCCGCCGCCGCCGCCAUGACGUCCGCCGUGCCCGCCUCGCAGGUGCGCCAGAACUACCACCAGGACUCGGAGGCCGCCAUCAACCGCCAGAUCAACCUGGAGCUGUACGCCUCCUACGUCUACCUGUCCAUGUCUUACUACUUUGACCGCGAUGAUGUGGCUCUGAAGAACUUUGCCAAAUAUUUCCUUCACCAAUCUCACGAGGAGAGGGAACAUGCCGAGAAGCUGAUGAAGCUGCAGAACCAGCGCGGCGGCCGAAUCUUCCUUCAGGAUAUCAAGAAACCAGACCGUGACGACUGGGAGAACGGGCUGAAUGCAAUGGAGUGUGCCCUGCACUUGGAGAAAAGUGUGAAUCAGUCACUACUGGACCUGCACAAGCUGGCCACUGACAAAAAUGACCCCCACUUGUGUGACUUCCUGGAGACGCACUACCUGACGGAGCAGGUGAAAUCCAUCAAAGAACUGGGUGACCACGUAACCAACUUGCGCAGGAUGGGGGCCCCCGAAGCUGGCAUGGCCGAGUAUCUCUUUGACAAGCACACCCUGGGCAGCUGUGACGAGAGCUAAGCCUUGGCUGCUUCCGGUAGCCUUGGGGGUGACUUCCUGGUCACCAAGCAGUAUGCAUGUUGGAGUUCCCUUUCCCUUUUCUAUAACUUGUACCAAAUCAGCCCUCAUGCCUCUCAUUUGUACCUUCCUUCAAAUAAAGGAAUUUGGUACCCA